CUGGAUUUGCCAGCCUUGCAGGCUUCUGGACACGUCUCCUCUCAGCCAUGAGGAGAUCAGAAGGGUUUGAUAUCUGUGUGGUCACCUGCAGCAUCCUGCUCUUGUCCUGCAGCCUGCCAUGCCUCGCUCAGCCUCUGCAGGAGAGGGAUGUGACCAAGGUCCAGCACGGCCCCUGGGCAGGGAAUGGGCUGGAAGAUGAAAGGACAGGCGUGGUGGACUUGAAAAACAGCCUGGGCCCUUCUGAGCAGCCAGUUUCUGAAGAGCCAUGUGCAGCGUCAGCAGAGCCAUCUGGGACAGCCCUGGAUGGAGCUUUCACUGCAGAAGGAGCAGCUGUUCCUGCCAGCCAGGGCCCGGGGGCUCUCCCCUCUGCUGGGACACUGCCUGCUCUGCCUGGGGAGCAGCUGGCUCCCACUGAGCCACAGCUGGAGCAGGAUGAAGCACUGGGGGCCAUGCUGACCACAGCUGUGACCACGCUGAGCCCCCCAGCCCAGGAGGAGUCUGGUGGCCCCACUGGUGAGACCACAACACAGGGUGGUGUGGCAGAGGAGCCCAGCUCUGCCAGCCCCUCAGCAAACCCCCUUUCUGGGAGCACUGAGGAGGAGGAGGAGGAAGCAGAGAGCAGCUCCCAGCCCCCAGCUGUGCCCCAGCCCACGCUGAGCCCCAGCUCCCCCAGUGGGGAAGCAGCAAGUGGCCACCCUGCCAUCCCAACUGCCCAGGCUGCAGCUGUGACCUCUGAGCUGGAGCUGCUGGGAGCCCACACAGGGAGCCCUCUGAAAUCCCUGGCUCCACCAGCCUCUGUGGCUGCCAAACAUCCCCUCGUGGCCACUGAGGGCUCCCUUCACCCAGAGGCAGGGACAGGUGUGACACAGCAAGAGCUGCCCACCACGGCUGGCACUGUCACCGUCCCCCCUGUGGACACUGUGCCACCUGACUGGGAUGACACAAAACUGGGGGACAUCAGCCACGGGGGGAGCAUGACUCAUGAGAAGGUGACAGAGGAGCUGGGGACAACAGAACCGUCCCAGACCACCCAGCAAGGUGUGGAGGAGGAGGAUGCCACAAGAGCAGUGCCCUCCCCAGUGUCCCCUCCACCAGUGCCUGAACUUCCCAGGGAGAGCAACUGCACGGGGCCAGUGCAAGGGGAGGAGCUGCCAGCAACUUCCACCGGCAGCAGUGAUGCUUCCCACGCUGGGAACCUGUCAGAUGCAGACACAGCUGAUCUUGGCUCGCUGGAAAACAUAAGUGCAGUCACAGCAGAGGAGGAGAAAAGCAUCCCUCCAUCACAGCCAGAGGCUGCUGUGGUGACAGAUACCCAGCCUGAGCUCUCUCCUACUCUGGAGAGUUCAUGGAAAGGUGUUACUCAGGAGGUGACAACAGCUGCCCAGGAGGCUGAUGCUGCCCUGCCAGCUGUGGCAGAGGUGCCUGGUGCCACCCAGGGAGCAGGGGCUGCCAGCUUUCCUCAGGAGAACAGCGGGGAGGACAGCCAGGUGCUGACAGCUCCCAGUGCCACCGAGGUGCUGGUGGCAGCUGGUGCCUCCUCCACAGUGAGCCCUGUGCGUGCAGAAGAUCUCACAGAUGGGAUCCUGGUCACCAGUGAGAAGGCUGUCCCAGCCCCUGGUGGGAUGUCUUCUAGCCCAGCUGGACAGACAGAGGAGCCAUCCAGCAGCACCGUGGUGCUGGUAACUCCAUCCUCAGCGGCCUCAGUCAGGAGAACAGCCCUUCCCUCCGAGAGGAGGAGCAGCACGGCCGUGACCUACGGGCUGGAGCGCCUGGAGUCAGAAGAGGGUGAGGAAGAGGAAGAGGAUGAAGAGGAGGAAGAGGAAGAAGAAGAGGAGGAAGAGGAAGACGAGGAGGACAAAGACAUAGACCUGAUGGAUGAAAGCCUGGAGGGUGACACGGGGCUGCCAGGCUUCACACUUCCAGGAGAGACCUCCCAGGAGCCCCUGGCUGGUCUGGAAAACCCAGUGGCCCAGCUGGCUGGGGUGUCCUACCAGGUUCCUGACACCAUUGAGUGGGAGCAGCAGAACCAGGGUCUGGUGAGAAGCUGGAUGGAGAAGCUGAAAGAUAAGGCAGGAUACAUGUCGGGGAUGCUGGUUCCUGUGGGAGUUGGGAUUGCUGGAGCCCUGUUCAUCCUGGGAGCGCUCUACAGCAUAAAGAUCAUGAACCGCCGCCGCAGAAACGGCUCCAAGAGGCACAAAAGGAAGCAGAGGGAAUUUAACAGCAUGCAGGACCGAGUCAUGCUCUUGGCCGACAGCUCUGAAGAUGAAUUUUGAGUGGAACUGCAGUGCCCUUGGGAGAGCUGGUGACUUUUCAGAGGAGAGAGAGAGGGGGAGAAGAAGAAAAGCGACUUUUCUGCUGCACUGCUGCUCCCUGGGCUGCCCCGGGCAGGGGUGGUGUCCCCAGUGACAGUGACAAUGACAAUGCUAUGCUCUACGUGUGCCACCCGUGAUGUUUGUUUUGAUACAGUAGUGGAGAUCUGAGCCACAGCUGGAGCUGCUCCGUGUGGAUGAUUCUUUUCCUCUUGCCCUGGUGUACUGUUUUGGUCCUGGCUGGCAGUAAUCUAAUCAUAACAAUAGCUCUCACCCAUCCCAGGAAUGGAAAUCUUUACUGUGAAUGACUUCUGUCCAAUUCGUUUUAAAUGUUACAUUACCUGAGCUAGAGUUCAUUAGUGCUAAGAUUAGCUGCUCUGCUUAAUUAAUGAGUUGUAAGCCUGAACUGUAUCCCUGGCUGCCCGAGAAGUGCCCAUGUGCAGGGUUCUUGAUACAGUUUGAAGCACAUUUCUGCCCUUGGGUACCCCCAUCUCACCCCUUUCUCCUUCAGCUCUGCUCCACUCUGCUUGGAGACACACAGGAAUGGCCUCAGCACUUGAUUCCACCACGAAGUUCCUUGUCCAUUUUCAACCAGCACUGUCUGUUACAGCACAAUAAAUACCAGCGCUCACCUACUGCUGGGUGGUCUUGCUUUUGGUCAGUGUGCAGGGAGGUGAGAGAAGAGGCAGGUCAGAGACUUUCCCCAGCUCCUGCCUCCUCUGGAAGGACACUAGCUCCAGGUUCACCUCUUCCCAAGGCUGCAUUCCCAUAGGGAUGGCAGUGGAGCCUCUGUAUCCCUUUACCCUGCUGGAAAAUGAAUUUUCAGCCCCUGGAAGCUGCGUGAACAACAGCACCUUUGGGGGAUCUGGAUGGGUCUUGUCUCACAGAAUGGUUUGGGUUGGAAGGGACCUGGUUCCAGCCCUGACACCUUCCACUAGACAG